AUGGGUAGCAUCCGCCCUCCAUUCGCUGAAGUUGAAGCAUCACGGCCUGAUUUCGACCAUUCAGCGCCGCUAACCUGGACCAAAUCACCCAAUCCCGGUUGGAAGCAAGGACAAGGAGGAAACGAUAACCAAGCCAGCCUGGAGAAAAACCAUGUCGAAAUCGACCCCUACGAAGCGGGCCGGACUGCACACCUCAAUUACAAACUCAUGAUCUCCGCGAUCGUGCCACGGCCAAUUGGACUCCUGAGCACCAGAUCAAGAGACGGGCAGACCUUAAACGUUGCCCCCUUCAGCUUUACGCAGAUGGUCAACUUCGACCCCCCAAUCAUCGUCGUGGGGUUCACGGGAAAUCCGGAUCCGCCAAAGGAUUCUCUACGCAACAUCCUAGAAACGGGGGAGUGCGUUGUUAACACAGUGAGCGAAUAUCAUCUUGAAGCUGUCAACCACUGCUCUAUCAACGUGCCACAUGGCAUAUCCGAAUUCGAACUGUCAGGGUUGCACCCGGCCCCGUGCACGACAGUCAAAGCCCCUCGAGUUAAGGAGUCGAUAUUCUCGAUUGAGACGAAACUCGUGGAAACAAAGGAGUGGAAUAGCCGGGCAAAUCCAGGGAAGAAGAGUGGUGUUAUGGUGAUACUAGAGGGGACGAGAUUUUGGGCACGAGAGGAUGCGAUCGAUGACGAGAGGAGCCUUCUUGAUCCUGCUGUUCUUCGACCCGUUGCCCGUCUUGAAGUACUAGUAUUUGAUGCAAUCCCUAUAUGUUUCGGCAAUGUGACCAAGCAUCGUGUUUGGUAUAUUGUAUCUGGCAUGUGUCCAUUUAAGCCUUUUCGUUCCCUUGGUCACGAUUGGCCCCGCCCUCGAAAGCAACGAAUCCAAUGCCGCGUUGCUGCCAAAUGCGCUUGCCAGUCCGCUUGCAAUGCGCGUGUCAGGCCACUCAACCGCGACAGAUUCGCUGCAAAACUUGUCACAAACCGAAUGAUGGGGCAGAUGGACGUCCUCUCCCUUCCGGUUAAGAAUUAA